CUUAUGGCGCCCCGGAAGCGGAAGUAUCCGUUCUGUGUGAGGCGCGGAGUCGCUUCCGGGCGGCGUUGGCUGCGAGGGGGCGGGAGGGGGGAAGGCGCGUCGGCGGCCGGAGGGAAGGCGGCACUCGGGGCCCGGACCGAGCUCCCUCCGGCGGAGCCGCCAUGUGAGGAGACCCCGGCGCCCCUCAGGUUACACUCUACAUCAGAAGACAUGGACAGCAGCAGUUUCAUCCAGUUUGAUGUUCCUGAGUACAGCAGCACCGUACUGAGCCAGCUGAAUGAGCUUCGCCUGCAGGGAAAGCUUUGUGAUAUCAUUGUGCACAUUCAGGGCCAGCCGUUCAGAGCUCACAAAGCUGUUCUAGCUGCCAGUUCUCCCUAUUUCCGUGACCAUUCAGCAUUAAGUACCAUGAGCGGCCUGUCAAUAUCAGUCAUCAAAAACCCCAACGUCUUUGAGCAGCUGCUUUCUUUUUGUUACACUGGAAGGAUGUCCUUGCAACUGAAGGAUGUUGUCAGUUUUUUAACUGCAGCCAGUUUUCUACAGAUGCAGUGUGUCAUUGAUAAGUGCACACAGAUCCUAGAAAGCAUUCAUUCGAAGAUCAAUGUUGGUGAAGUCGAUUCUGUUACUGUGGGGGAUGAGGACACUCCUGAAAAUCACAACGGGAUUAAAGAGAGUAAUUACUUUGCCAAUCCAGUUGAAAUCUCUCCUACCUAUUGCUCCCAGGUGCGGCAAUCUGCUUCCAGUAAUGAUCUCAGAAUGGAAACAACUCCAACCAAGGGUCUGCGCAACCGUCUCCAAGAAGAAGGGCACUCAGACCGUGGAAGUAGUGGGAGUGUUUCAGAAUAUGAGAUUCAGAUUGAAGGUGAUCAUGACCAAGGAGACUUGAUUGUCAGAGAAAGCCAGGUUGCUGAGGUAAAAGUCAAAAUGGAAAAAUCUGACCGUCCAAGUUGUUCAGAUAGUUCUUCACUUGGUGAUGAUGGGUACCAUACGGAAAUGGUGGACGGAGAACAAGUGGUGGCAGUUAAUGUUGGCGCCUAUGGCUCUGUAUUACAGAAUGCCUACUCAUAUUCCCAUGGGGCAUCCCAGUCUGCUAGUGUGUCUGAAACAUUUGGAAACCUGAGGAACUCAAGCUCUUCAAGAUCCAUGCUGGGCUCUUUCCGAGGUCGUGGGCGUCAAAAGCGGGUCUCUACUAGCCACUUGCAUAGUGACGUUCCAGGUCUGAUGCAAGGCGCUGAUGGUGAAUCGGCAGGAAGCCAACCAGGAUAUGAAAGCAGUCCACGGGAAAGGAAUUCAAGAGGUCACUGGUAUGCGUACAGUGAAAGGUUAAUCUGUAUAUACUGUGGGAAGUCUUUCAACCAGAAAGGGAGUCUUGAUCGGCACAUGAGGUUACAUAUGGGAAUAACCCCCUUUGUGUGCAAGUAUUGUGGGAAAAAAUACACGCGCAAGGAUCAGCUUGAAUACCAUAUCCGUGGACAUACAGAUGACAAACCUUUCCGCUGUGAGGUUUGUGGGAAAUGCUUUCCUUUCCAGGGAACCCUGAACCAGCACCUGCGAAAGAAUCAUCCUGGUGUAGCAGAAAUAAGAAGCAGAAUGGAGUCUCCGGAAAGAACAGAAGCCUAUAUAGAACAGAGAGAAGACGAUGCUUCAGCCUCAGAAACAUUGGAUUAUAGCAUGGACAUUCAUACUUCUGAUUAAAAAAACAUUAUAUCCCUCAGCGCAACCCAGACAAAGCACAUUGAUCAAUGCAUUUCCUCCUUGUUGCUUUUGAUAAUUUUUACGACAGAUAGAACAAGCAUUGGAAUUUUCCUUUCUUUUUUUGACAAGUCUUGUGGAUGUUGUUUCUGAGUAGAAAGCUUUUGUUUUGAAGGAGGUAGGGUUAGCUUUAUUCCCUAAAGGAUAUAUAUAGGGAAGAAUAUUAUAGAAAUGAUGCACUUCAUCUUGCAGUGGGUGGGGUUAUGACCAUGAAAGAUAAAUAAGGCAAGUAUUUUUGGCCAAUACACUUGAGAGAGAGUGUGUUCUCCUUUGUGCAUGCAAUCCUAUUGCAUGUGUACUUGGAAGUAAGCCUCACUGAAUUCAGUAGGGCUUAACUCCUGGUUAGUGUGCUAGGACUACAGCCUUAACCAAACAAAUGUGCGAGGAGUGUAGGUAUGCCUCUCAGAGAUCCUAUCCAUGUGUCAUACUGAGUUGGGGACUUGGGUGGAGUUUAUUUGUUUCUUGGAGUAACUAUUUUGAUAGCUUUGAAUUUUAUAUAAUAUAUAUUAUAUAUAAACAUAUAUAAAAUGUUCACUUUUUCUCUUCUGGUUGAGGGUGAAUGUAAGAAAUACCUGAAAUGGGAAAGGAAAACAAAACCUCUUUACAAGACUUUCAACUCUUUUUCUUUUUUGGUCUUUUUCUUGAGGGAGGAGGUUUUUCAUUAAGCUUUCCUUCUGCCUCCCCUUCUCCCUGUUCAACUACUGUGUCCGAAAGCGAGCAAAGCUUAUUCUGGAACAAGUUUUGCCCCAUAGGAUGCAUAAACCAAAUGCCAUACAUGUGUUAACUUAUGAUGGGGAUUGUUUGGGGCUUCUUUUUUUGUCUAGAUCAUAAACUGGACAACCUGUGGUGCUGACCCCCUCUUUUAUACAGAAAAAGAUGUGUUGUUAUAUUAGCCAACCCAAAAGUAGCAUUGUGGUUUUAGACGUUUACUUCUUCUCAGAAUCUACCUUCAUUUCGUACUGUAGAAACAUAUACCAGGUGAAUCAAUCUUACCUUAAUCACUCUGAAUAGAUAUGUGAUUGGUUUACUACUGUAGUAGGCUCAAAGGGAUUGUUGUGGUGAAAUCUACAGUAUUUCAGAUCAGUGUUCUAGUGGAUCUCUUCCAGAGAGCUCUUUUCAGGUGCACCGUAAACUUCCUACUUACCAUUUUUUCCAGUGAAGCUGAAGCACUUGUAUUUUUACUUUUUCUAAUGAUACUAUAUGGGAAUCAUGAGCAAUAUCUCCUAUUGUAUUAGAGAAGUUUUGGGGAGGGCUUGGGUUGGUUUCUCCAUAAUUACAGUGGCUGCUCAGUAUUUUUUCUUUUAUAAAAGAGCCAAUAAAUACCUUUAUACACACACACACACACAUAUAUACACACAGGUAGAUCCUGUUUACUCUCUACAUAUGGUCUCUUUCUAAUAUGGUGCUAUUUUUUCUCUCUCUCAUAGGACAGUAUAGCAUAGAAAACAGUAGUGUUAUGCAUAUCUUUCCAGUUAGACUUUUUGUUUGCUUAAAACAGACCUCAAAAUUGUAAGCUGGCAAAUGUUACUGUAUACAAAUUCUACAUCAUAUUUUUAUUUCAAGUGAAUAUUUAGCAUAUUUAGGCUUGGCAAAAAUUUGGCAAAUAUAGUCUGCAGGGUAGAAAAGUGUUUAAGAGUGGCACAAGAUUGAAUAAGGGGUUCCCACGCACCUCGGCUGUGUUUGUUGCUAUCCUGCUCCAGUUUCUGAUGUGUCUGAUCUUGGUUAACGCCUCUAGGAUUUCCAGACUGGAUGAAUAGAGAGGUUUGGCAAAAAAUGAUGCUGGAAAGAGGCGCAAGGUGAUAGGACUUGAGAGCCAUCCUGAUUGUUUGGCUUCAGUAGAUGGAUAUAGAGUUGUAACUUCGGGUUUCUCUUUGCACGAGAUUAUAGCUUGUCACUUGCACAUUGCAACUUGCUGCUUCUGCUCAAGCCAGUUGGACAGAUGUAGGUUUCCCCCUCUUCUUUCAGAUACAGAGAGGAAAAUAGUGACUUCUAGGACUCUAUUUAGGCCUCUGCCAAAUCCGCAUAUUGAGAAUGUGUGAAUGUUUUGCUAACUUCAAGCAUAUUUAUUUUUGUAUUUUAUUACAUUGACAUUUCGAAUCUGAGCCUCAGCCGUAGCCCUUGUAUGAUUCCCUAAACUUUUAACAACUGUGAAUUUUAAACUGAUGAGACGCCGGUGGCUUUUGUUUUAUGGGAAUUCCUGACCCUUCAUAGAAAUUUUCAUUCUGCUGAGGCUUGUUACAUAUUAUAUGUAUAUUCUGUGGUUUAAACACUGAAAACACGGCUGUGGUUAUGCUGCAGAUGGGCGGCUGAUCUAUAAUGACUGGAGCUUAUGGAGUAUUCUGCAAAGUAUUUUCCUAGGAGUGCAAGCAUCUUAUAUGACUUGCAACUCACCCAUUCCUGGCUUUUUUUCUCCAUAUUAUUGGUUGAGAAUGAGACUUACUGGCUUGCAGUGGUUUUGAGGGCUCAGAGCUUUGCGUGAUAUUUUAAGGAAUCUAACCAUCCUGAUUUUUGCAGUAUUUUUUACUGUAUUUUUCAUUACUGGUUUGGGAGCCAAUAAUAAGCAUUAGUGUAACUACAUUCACAGUAAAUCACAUCUACAUAGAUGGGUUUUUGUUAAAUUGGGUAUGGAAUCAGCCUUCUCAUCCUAAAGCUGCCUAGGAAUCCUCUUUCCACCUCUCUCAAUGGAAAUUGUUGUUGUUUCAACUACUAGAAAGAGGAAUGGGGAUCCAAAUGGCCACGGAUUGGGUCUUUUCCUCUUGCACCUCAUAGUCACCCCUCACAUUCACCCAAAAUUCACUUCCAAGGGUUGCGAGGCUGUGCAGUGAAAUGCAGGCUGUGGGGUCAGGAUGAACAGAUAGCAUGGAAUUGAGGGCAUGCUUAUACCACACAAGUGGCAAAUUUCAUCAGCCCUUUUGGAUCCUAACCUGUCUGCAUGCAUCAGGGUCGGGUGCAUCUCUGGUUAUAUUACCUUCCAGAGACAUGCAAAGAUACAUAACAGUUUUAUUAAACCUUUUGCUGAAGUAAUGAAGUAGUCUUACAUUUGAGAGAUCUCUCAAUAAAAUUCAAGUCAGUCAGAGUUAAAUUUGACCCUUUAGGAGUGACCCUGUGCUACGGUGCCUUUAAAGCCAACGGGCUUAUUCCAUGGUAGCAUGAAUUAAAGAUGGGAGAGAAGGUCAAUUAACUUUGUGUUUCCCUGACUUUGCCCCCAUCCCAGUGUAGUCUUAAGAACUUCUUUCAGUGUAAUUCUUCUCAAUCUAUAAGUUUGAGUUGGUUUCAGUUUACCAAAGAGUGACUUACCCAAAAUUCUGCAUAAUGCCGAUUGUACAGGUUUCAGGUUCAAAACUUUACUUUGAGACUGUUAACAACCUAAUAGUUAUCAACAUCCUCCUCAGGCGAUUGGUUUUUUUUAGUUCCAAGUAUGUUCGUUCAUGUCAAUACAUUAUAUAUCCCUUCCUCCAGCUUAUUGGGGUUAAGAAUGAUCAAGCCAUAAUACAGUACAGUGGUACCUCGGGAUACGAAAUAUGUACUGUAAAGAUCAGAGAAUGCUUCUUAGGACAUGCAAGCACAUCUGGAGAAAGUUAACAUGCUUGUUUUCCAUCCAUUCCAAUGAGAUUUAAGCAUACCUGAAGGCUGCUUCACACAAAACACAAGUCUCCCUGAAACAGUUCAACAAAUAAGUUGUGCCUGUACCCAAUCUUGGAUGUGCAUUGGUGUUGAUAGCACAGCAUGAACAUGUAGAACUGCACUGAUCUUUCAUUUGUACUCCUUAUGUCACAGUCUCUUUUCCUGUCCACAAUAACAGAAUCAUAGAGUUGGAAGAGACCGCAAGGGCCAUCCAGUCCAACCCACUGCCAUGCAGGAACUCACAGUCAACGCACCCCCGACAGAUGGCCAUCCAGCCUCUGCUUAAA